AUGCGUGGAAGAGGCGGAGGCGGCAGCGGCAGGGGAAGCGAGCCUUGGCGCCGAGGUGGCAGCAGACCGCCGCCAGGCUCAUCACGAGGACGAGGGAGGACUCCUUCAGCGCCAUGGAGCCGGCUCAAGCCGGUUGAGCUAGACCCUCUUGAAGCUCUAGGUCUGCCAUCCAAAGGCGACAACCGCCUGCUCGACUUCAAGACCCAGGAGCGGUACUACACAAAAAUUGUCGAGCGCUACAUGGCCUUUUGCUCAGAUGCAGGGGAGCGCGACGAGCUACUCCGCCGUUUCGCUUCUUUAUCGAUGACUUCUGGGGUUUUGAAUCAUGCCAGCUCAAUAAACUCCGAGGAGCAUGCCAAAUCAUUAUCAGAUGUGCUCUCCGCCCUGCGCAAGCUCCGCGAGGGAAUUCUCGCGUCCAAGCGCGUCGACAACUUCUCAAUCCAGGCGUACCUCUUCUGCAUCCGGCUCGCCAUUCUCGCCAAGCACCCAGAGUCCUACCACGCAGCCAUGCUGCACCUGCUCAAGCGGAUCCACCCGGUCCACAACAUGACGACGGUCGAGACGCACGAGGUGGUCGGGUAUCUCAUCCUCGACACGGCGUGUCGUCGGGGAAACCUCGCCGAGGCGUAUGCUGUGAGGAGCCGGUACAAGUUCCGCGACACCAAGAUCGACGCCGUGCUGGACGCGCUGGCGCACGACAAUUACAUCGAGUUCAAUCGCCUCAGGGGACAUGUCGAUGGGCACCGGGCUAGGCUGCUCGAGUAUGCCGAGGACGGUAUGAGGAGGCACUCGCUCAAGUGUUUCGGCAAGACAUAUCUCAGUGUAGAUCUGGGGUAUCUGGAGAAGUGUGCCGGAUCCAAGUGGGCUAGUUUAGCGGCCAAUGAUGGCGUUGGGUGGGAGUUGGAAGGGGACAAGGUCGUCAUCAAGAGGGUGAGGGCGAAAUAA